AUGAAUAUCCGAGAAAAAAUUUGCUACAAGUGCAUACGGACGGAUGGGUCCUGUUCUGUAAGCUAUGUACCUGCAGGUUCCGGUGUCCUUUCAAAACUCUUCUCUUUUUCUGCUUCUGGGGAUAAAAACAGAACGACCUUUGAUGAAGGGGUAGAGGCCAUCCGUAUUGCAUUGGAGCAACUCCUGGACUGCCUAAACGAAUUUGAAAAAGUUGUUAUACUCUCGAACUUGCAGGCAGCCAUGCAGUCCAUUGAUGUGCUUGUGAAUUUUUUGAUCGGAGAAUGCAAACUCGAACAAUUCUUGGAAGAUAAUCCUCCAAUUGAAAGCAACUUUACAAAAGCUAAAUCUGGCUUAGCAGAAGCCAAACGUUAUCUCCAGACAUGUAUCAGUGAACAAGGAGCUAAGCUAAAUGUGAUGCGAGAUGCUCAUCUUUUGCUGGCAAAACUGCUUUACUCCCAAGGCUUUUAUGAGGAAUCUCUCUCGCAUUUGAAUAAAGGUGGUCUGGAUAGCCUCCAUGAAAAGCAACUCAGUAAUCGAAUUAUGAAAGUUGUGGCUGAAUCAUUUGCAGUUAAAGGUUUAUGCCUUGAAAAAGUUCCCCCUUCAUCUACCAGUAAGUUCAAGUCGGCCGAAAGAGAGGAACAAAUUCUUCAAGCUUUGGUCAAAUCGGGGGAUCUAACUUUGCGCUACUUGCAAGAGAUGGAACGAACUCAAGGGAAUACGGGUGGCACUGUGCCACAGCUCAUGGGUGGAGUGAACCCACCGUCGUCUGGUUCUCCCCUGCCUCCCAACACCGAAUAUCGAAUUGGUCCGAUUCUUGAAACAGCUUUGCAAAGAGCACCCAUCUUGUACAUCAAAAAUGGGAAUCUUAAAAGUGCUAUUGAUCAAUAUAGAAAAGUUUUGAGUGCUAUUGAAACUAGUUCUACUCAGUCUUUGAGACAGACUAUGUCUCGUCAACUUGCUGAAGUUCUUAUACGUGGAGUGUGUGAAAAAAAUUAUGUCAAUUUUGCUAUAAAACAAGAAGGGAAAAAUCCAGAAAGUCCAUGGAAGCCAAAGAAAUACAUGGGUCCUAACUUGUUUACUCCAAAAGACGAAAAUGAAGAAAUACUGUUGCUGUUGUUCAUAAGUGAAGCAAUGGCAGUAAGAAAUGCUGUUUUAGAUUUGUCCCCUGAAUUUCGAGAAGCGAGAAUACAUUCUUACAAUAACGUAACUGCCGUUUACGACUUGCUCACCAUUUCACUAUGUCGAAGAUCUCAGUAUAGCUUAUUAGUAGAUUCUUUUGAAAGAGCCAUGAAGUUUGCUUUUGAAGAACAGCAUGUAUGGAAUCAAUUUGCCUUAUCCUUAAUAUCUUCUGGAAAGUACAGCAGAGCAUAUUUUGUGCUUCACGAAGUGGCUCGUUUGCAACCCACAGAUUCCCUACCAUGUCUACUGGCUGCCAGAAUUUGCCUUGAAAAUUUGGAUCUGCCUGCUAAGGGUCUUAAAAUGGCCGAGAAAGCCUUGGAGAGAGAAAUUGCUCAUCCUCAGAAUCUUCUCGCUCGCUGUCUUGUGGCGGUCGGUUUGGGUUAUGAAAUGAUGUCCACUAUUGCGAGAACUCAAGCCAAAAGACACGAGUUGAAGAGAAAAGCUUUUGAAUCAUUUUCAAGGGCUGCAGCAACGGAUCCUAAUGAUCAUCUUCCGGAAUUCUAUUUAGCUUUGCAUUAUGCUCAAGCAAGACAGUUAUCUGAAGCGGUCUUGCAUGCUAAGAUGGCUCUUCACUUGAGAGCAGAACACAUUCAUUCCUUGCACCUGCUGGUUUUACUACUCUCUGCCCAGAAGCAAUGUUCAGAAGCAUUGCAGUUGAUCGAUGCUGCUCUAGAAGAGUAUCCAGACAACUUUAACUUGUUGUGCACAAAGGCACACCUUGAGGAAUAUUGCUUGGGAGCAGAAGUUGGUUUAUUAACAAGCAAGCAAAUGUUGCAACUGUGGAAAACUGUAUAUGAGAGUAAAAUGAGUAUGGAUCCUUCGUGUAGUAACAUGAAUCGAGCUUCUAGUGAUAAUAAAAGUGUCUUCCAAAUUUAUUCCUCGGAGUUCUCAGACGUGGACUCUGGAUCUCCUGCUGGGAACUCUGGUACUGCUGCAGCGAGAGUUGAAGCUGCGCUGUCUGAAGUUGCAUCUUCGAUAAGCGGUUUUCAACCGAAACCGGGUCCCAAGUACGUCUGGUUAUUGCAGUUGCACAUUUGGUUACUCAUAGUGGAAUUGUAUCUCCGAUUGGGUCAGUUGAAGGAAGCCGAAGCGUCCAUCCAUGAAGCAAAUGCCCUGUUCCCCCUCUCUCACCAACUUAUGGUUAUGAAAGGAAGGAUACAUGAAUUGAGGCAAGAGUAUAGCGAAGCAAAAAUUUGUUUCCAGAAUGCCGUGGCUGUUAAUCCUUUUCAUGUUAAAGCUCUUCAACAUUUGAGCAUGGUUCAUCAUAAUUUGGGUAAUAGUAGAUUAGCAGAAAAGUUGCUGCGAGAUGCUGUAAGCAUUGAUCCAAUGUCGCAUCAAACUUGGUACAACAUGGGAAAAGUUCUUCAAGACAUGGGAGAUUUUAUAACAUCCAGCGAAUGCAUAGCGACGGCAAUCGAAUUGGAAUCAACAUGUCCUAUUUUACCAUUCAGUAACAUUCCACGAACAUUUGAAUAA